CAAGUAGUGAUCAGUUGGCAACUUUUCGCAGAAAUGUCUGGAUUUGACGAGCGCCCGGUUUAUUUCAGCGAUGCUUUUGGUUCAGAGGAACAAGCAGAUGAGCGAGAAGUCAACAGAAUCAGUGCCAAGAAGCGAUUUAGGGAGUUUAUCCGUGAAUUCCACGAAGGAACUUUUAGCUACGCGUAUCGUGAUCAGCUUAAGAGACACUAUAAUUUAGGACAGUUUUACCUUGAAGUAGAUUUGCAAGAUUUGACGAGCUUUGAUGAGCAACUUGCUGAUAAACUCACCAAAAGUCCCGCAGAAUUCCUGCCUUUAUUUGAAGAUGCAGCCAAAGAAAUGGCAGAUGAGGUGACUAAGCCACGGCCUUUAGGAGAAGAGGAAGUACAGGAUAUUCAGAUCACUCUCAAGUCUGAGGCAAACCCCAUGAGUGUCAGGGAGCUGCGAUCUGAGCAAAUGGCUAAAUUGGUAAAGAUUCCAGGCAUUAUCAUCAGUGCCUCUGCCAUUCGUGCCAAGGCAACUAACAUUACAAUCCAGUGCCGUUCUUGUCGCAACACAAUCUCCAACAUUCCUCUAAAGCCAGGUCUUGAGGGAUAUGCAAUGCCUCGCAAAUGCCCAAGUGACCAAGCAGGUCGUCCACCAUGUCCUUUGGAUCCAUUUUUUAUCAUGCCUGAUAAAUGCAAAUGUGUUGACUUCCAAGUACUGAAGCUGCAAGAAUCUCCAGAUGCUGUCCCUAAUGGUGAAAUGCCACGGCACAUGCAGUUGUACUGUGACCGGUAUUUGACAGAGAAGGUUGUUCCUGGUAACAGAGUCACGGUGAUGGGUAUUUAUUCAAUCAAAAAAGUUGCUCAAAAGGCUGACAAGGAUCGUGAUGGGGUGGGUGUUGGUAUCAGGAAGCCAUACCUUCGUGUCGUUGGCAUUCAGGUGGAUACAGAAGGUCCUGGUCGCAGCUCAGGGGCACCCCUGAAUCCCUUGGAAGAAGAGGAGUUCAACAGAUUUGCCAGCAGAACUGAUGCAUAUGAAACAAUAGCAAAAAGUAUUGCGCCAUUUAUUUAUGGAAGUGAAGAUGUCAAGAAGUCCAUUGCAUGUCUGCUGUUUGGAGGGUCUCGCAAAAGGCUCCCUGAUGGACUCACACGACGUGGAGACAUCAAUGUCUUGCUGCUUGGUGACCCAGGUACUGCUAAGAGUCAACUGUUGAAGUUUGUAGAGAAGGUUUCUCCCAUCGGUGUGUACACAUCAGGUAAAGGAAGCAGUGCCGCAGGAUUGACAGCAUCUGUUAUGAGGGAUCCUGUGUCACGUAACUUCAUUAUGGAGGGAGGAGCCAUGGUACUUGCAGAUGGAGGUGUAGUUUGCAUUGACGAGUUUGACAAGGUAAGUAGCGAUGAGACAAAUUUAUAUUGUAGGGAGAAGUUGCAAGUUCUUAUUAAUCUUUCAAGAAGCUUGAGAAAAUGUGUUUUUUUCCCUUCCAAUCCCUUCCGUCAGCGCCUUGCCAAACACGUCAUGCAAGUUCAUUUGAAUGCCGCUCAAACAGGACAAGCACAAGAGGGAGAGCUGAGCCUGAAUUUUAUAAAGAAGUACAUUGGUUACUGUCGGAACAAAUGUGGCCCAAGGCUUUCUGAGGAAGCUGCUCAAAUGCUGAAGAAUCGCUAUGUUCUCAUGCGAAGUGGAGCGCGAGAUUAUGAGAAGGAUGCUGAAAAAAAGAUCAACAUACCUAUAACUGUCAGACAACUGGAGGCAAUCAUCAGAAUUUCAGAGUCACUGGCAAAAAUGAGGUUACAACCAUUUGCUACUGCAGUGCAUGUUGAAGAAGCCCUGAGGCUCUUCCAGGUGUCAACUCUGGAUGCUGCCAUGUCAGGCAGCCUCUCAGGAGCUGAAGGUUUUACACCUGAACAGGAUGUUGAGGAAGUUAGACAAAUUGAAAAGCAAAUAAGGAAGAGAUUUGCCAUCGGCACUCAGGUUUCAGAGCAGAGAAUUAUCCAAGAUUUUGCCAAACAGAAAUAUUCUGAACAAGCAAUCCACACAGUUAUUUACAUAAUGCUGAGGAGAGGAGAGCUUGAACACAGGUUUCAAAGAAAGGUUCUUUACAGAGUGAAAUGAUCAAAGCCAAUUCUGAGAACUCUUUAACUCUGACUUCACCUCUGGCAUUUACAAGUCUUUAUGGGGCAAGUCAGAAUCUUGUGCAGUUUCUACAAGCUCUCAGCAUUUAAAAAUUUUCUUGUGUACAAAAAUGUAUCUAAGCUGUCCAGAAACAAAAAGUUUGUAUUGCAUCUCUUCAAAUUGCAUUUUGAAGUGUUCAUGUGUAAGGAGUGCUGCAUGCAUGUUAGUGGAUGAAAAUAAAUGGUAAAGGUCAAAAACUUUUUGAUUAGUCUGAA